GUUUAAAGGUCAUGGGCACCCUCCAGUCACCAGUCUGCCUGGCUGCAGGUGCCUUCCUGUCUCAUCAUGGCACUGCUCUGGGCCCUCGCAGUCCUGAGCCUCCUUCCUCUGCUGAAAGCCCAGAACCCGCUGUGCGCCAACUUGACGGCAGUGCCCAUCACCAAUGCCACCUUGGACUUGAUCUCCGGCAAGUGGUUUUAUAUCGGCUCGGCCUUCCGAAACCCCCAGUACAAUGAGUCGGCCAGAUCCAUCCAGGCAGCCUUCUUUUUCUUUGAUCCCAAGCCCGCAGAGGACAAGAUAAACCUCAGAGAGUACCAGACCAUAGGGAACCAGUGCAUCUAUAACGACAGCUCCCUGAAGGUCUAUCGGGAGAAUGGAAGCCUAUCUAAACACGAGAUGGGCAGAGAACACUUUGCUGACCUGCUGUUAACCAAGGUCCCCAAGACCUUCAUGCUCAUCAAUUCCUUGAACGAUAAGAACAACGUGGGGCUCUCCUUCUACGCCGACAAGGCGGAGGUGACCCCGGAGCAGAUGAAAGAGUUCCAUGAUGCUAUCGAGUGCACGGGAAUCCACAAGUCAGAAAUCACAUACACCGACGAGAAAAAGGAUCUGUGUGGGCCACUGGAGAAGCAGCAUGAGGAGGAAAGGAAGAAGGAGAAGGAGAAGGAGGGGUCCUAGCAUUGGGUCAGGUCCUUGGGCACCUUGGAGGCCCAUCCUCAGCACCUCCCACCCACCCUUUGCACCUCAAUUCUCUCCCUCAGUUGCAUCAAUAAAGCUUCGCAUUUGGUACAGGCAA